GGGAAUAGACGCACAUGUUGGGGCUCAGGGGCACUUUAAUAGUGGAUAUUUACCUCCGCCAGGUGUACUACAGAGACGCCUUGAUAGUUUGGCCGAGGCUGGAGGGGAGGUCUGGAUUACGGAGCUCGAUGUAGACCAACCAGAUGUCAACGAGCGUGCAACUCAGUAUGAAAAUGCAUUGAAAAUAUUCUAUGGCCAUCCUGCUGUGCGUGGCGUUAUUGUGUGGGGAUUCUGGGACCAGGCUCAUUGGAAACCAAAUGCUUCUCUGGCUGAUGGACCAAAUUGUGAGCCAAAUGCAGCCGGUUUAGCUUGGAAUAGACUUGUCAAGCAGGAUUGGAUCACCAAUGAAACAUUCGCUGUGGUUGACACUGACGACAUCAUAACAUUUGAUGCGUUCCAUGGGGACUAUGAUCUCACAGUGAAGGAAAAUGGCAACGUAAUAAAGAC